AUGAAGGCCAAACCUUUUAAAGCCAAGCCCUUUAUAAGGCCGCCCUUAAUGGACUCGGAAAAUAGUUCACACGCAAACGGCCCGCUCGGUCCUCCGUGUGUUACCGCUCCUGUUGCUCCUGUUAGCUUCGGAUCUAAACUCCUGCCUGACUCCACCAGCACAAUGGGCGUCAUCAAAGUGAGCCCGGACACCGCGGCCCUAUACUCUGCCUGCGACAUGCUCGACGACAUGAAGAGCGAGUCGAGCUACACUUCAUCAGAAGAGGGCUGCGGUGGAGGCGAGCGUCACGCCGUGCUCAGUUACGAGCAAGUGCGGCGGCUCAACGACGUGAUGGAUGAGGUGGUGGCCAUCCACGGCCGCGGCAACUUCCCCACGCUGCAUGUGCGCUUGCGCGAACUUGUGGCGGGCGUACGCGCGCGUCUCGAGGCACCGCAGACCGCGGGCGGCGCUGGCGUCAACGUCCGUGACGUACGCCUCAACGGCGGCGCAGCCAGCCACGUGCUGGCCGACCGGCCGCAGCCAUACUCCGACAUCGACCUCAUCUUCACGGCCGAGCUGCCCACCGCACGUCACUGCGACCGCGUCAAGGCCGCCGUGCUCGGACACCUGUCCACCCUCAUGCCACCUGCUACACCGCGUCGCCGCGCUUCGCCAGCUGGCCUCAAGGAGGCCUACGUCUCAAAGAUGGUUCGCGUGAAUUCGGACGGUGACCGCUGGUCCCUCAUAUCCCUCGGCAACUCACGCGGCCACAAAUCUGUAGAGCUGAAGUUUGUAGACACAAUGCGUCGCCAGUUUGAGUUCUCCGUCGACUCGUUCCAGAUUGCUCUCGAUUCGCUCCUCGCGUUCCACGAGUGCGCUCAACUGCCCAUUGGCGAGAACUUCUACCCAACUGUCGUUGGCGAGUCCGUAUAUGGCGACUUCAAUGAGGCUCUGAGCCACCUCGCUGAGAAGCUGAUCGCGACGCGGCAGCCUGAAGAAAUUCGUGGCGGCGGUCUUCUAAAAUAUUGCGCCCUACUUGCAAAGGGCUACCGGCCAGCACGGCCAGACAAAAUUAAAACCCUUGAGCGCUACAUGUGCUCAAGGUUCUUCAUCGACUUCCCUGAGCUCGGGCAGCAGCGUGCUAAGCUCGAGGCCUACCUGAGGAACCACUUCGUUGGCAGAGAGGAGGAAGCUCUGAAGCAUAGGUACCUGACCCUACUGCACGGCGUGGUGCGCGAGUCCACGGUGUGCCUGAUGGGCCACGAGCGGCGGCAGACGCUGGCGCUGAUCGAGGCGCUGGCGUGCCGCGAGCUGUGCGCGCGCGCGCCCGUGCUGCUGGCGCCGCAGUACUACGUGUGCGUGUGCGCGUGCGCGGCGUGUGCGCAGUGCGCGCAGUGCGUGGCGUGUGCGCAGUGCGCGCCGCCUGCGCCCUACUGCGACUGCUGCCACGCCGCCUCGUGCCCGGCGUGA